GCACUGUCUGUGACAUAAAGUGGAAGUUAAAAGAAAUGGCGGUAGUGCAAAAUUCGCGAUGUUGUUCCCUAAUUUUUUUGAACUUUGUAAUCGUAACGUUAUUGUUGUUUGUAUCCAUUGAUGCAGAAUCCUCUUCAAUAGUGUACGAAAAGAAACAGCCAUCUGUUGUCAUUGCUUUUCUCGUACGCAAUAAAGCUCAUACGUUGCCUUAUUUUUUGACUUUAUUAGAGAGGUUAGACUACCCUAAGGAACGAAUUUCUUUGUGGAUCCGUAGCGACCACAAUGAAGACAAAACUCUGGAAAUACUUAAAAAGUGGUUGUCGUCCGUGGAGAGUGAUUACCACUCCAUCAACGCAGAGCUUCUGUCGUCGCCCCCGAAGAGGCUCAAGGACGAGAUGGGCCCCGCGCACUGGUCUGCCUCGCGGUUCAUGCACGUCAUACAGCUGCGCGAAGAGGCGUUGAUGUCUGCUCGCCAGCUGUGGGCGGAGUACCUGUGGUUUCUGGAUGCAGAUGUUUUCAUCACAAACCAUCAAACGCUGCAGCUACUGAUGGAAAAAGAUCGCUUGGUUGUGGCGCCUGCACUGAAAUCGGAUGGGUUGUACUCCAACUUCUGGUGCGGGAUGACGGACAACUUCUAUUACCAGCGCACGGAUGACUACAAGCCCAUACUUAGCCGUGAGCGGGUCGGCUGCUUCCACGUGCCGAUGGUUCACUCGUCCGUGCUGAUGGACCUGCGGAUGACAGCGUCGGACAAUCUCACCUACGUGGGGAGUAACAUACCAGACUACGAGGGCCCGCACGACGACAUCAUCACUUUUGCACUUGCUGCGAACAAGUCAGAUAUACCACUUUACGUGUGUAAUGACCACGUGUAUGGUUUUGUGAUGGUUCCUUUGGAGCAGACGGAUGAACUGAAACAAGACUUCAUCCAGCUGACAAACUUGAAGCUGGAAGUUCUAGUGGAAAAUUCCCCCCUGCCUGUCAGCGGGCUGUUGUCGGGGUACGUGAGCUACCCUGAGCCUGACAUGAUGGCGUUCGACGUCGUCUUCACAAUCAACCUGCGGCGACGACCCGAGCGGCGGCGGAGGAUGGUCGACUGCUUCCGCGAGCUCGGCGUCCGCUCGGUCGUCGUCGAUGCAGUCGACGGUCGAUUGGGUGCUGCUGCAAUCCAGUCCUAGAAACACUACAGGUUAUUGUGCCUGGUUUCAAACCACGACACGCCCUCGGGGAUAGGUCCACUUACUUGAGUUCAGGUCCCUCGUUACGAGGAAAAUGUGUAUUAUAUUUGAUGUAAUACCAAAAUAAUGUGGUUUUUUUUAAACCUUGGAAUUUACUCUUUGCUAUGAGCUAUGACUAUUUUAGUUUACCAAAAUAAAUUCCAUGGUAAUUUCACUAUCAUUAAGUUUCAUUUGGCACACUAUACGAUACGUUUGGUAUGUCCCCUAAUGUGGGUUUAUGUUCAUACACGUGGGUCCGCCAUCUUCCUGUGAAAAUGUCGUCACAUGGAGCGCGCGCAGCUUCAACCUGUUAAUUUUGUGUUACAGUGAUGCGCGCGCAUCUUAAAAUUUCACUCUCAUCAUUUUUUCAUAACGCGCCUAAAGAAGUAUAACUUCAAAAAUAUAAACUUUAGACAUAAAUUAAUUAGACAAAUAAACAUAACAUACAAAUAAGCGAAGCUUGCCACAUUGAGCUUGAAUGAUAAUGUUUUGAAGUAUAGUUUGUUUCCCAUCAUUCUUUCCCUGCACACAUUGUUAUCAAUUUAUUUUUCUGCUGCACAAUGAACUACUGCUGUCUGGCAUCAUAUACACCAGCAUUGUAAUGAAUAAAACUUUUCUAUUAAUAUGUAUGCAUUUUUGUAUACAUAUACAUAUACUUGUAUUGCCACUAAUGAAAUAUAUUUUUUUCUUUUUUUUUACCUAAUCAAAUUUUUUUCAAAAAUGUUUUGAAGACCUGUAAAAAAACACUUUUAAUAUUAAACUGCUGGAUAAUAUUUGUGCAGCACUACUACAGUUGAUUUUUAUGUAAAAAAAAAUGUGAUCUCUACCAAUUAUAAGUCUCAAAAAGCUGACAAUUUUUUAAACAUUUUUUUAAAGAAAAAAACUUUUGAAAAAAAUAGCAUAGCAUUUUAUAGGUGAUACAAUUUUUUCUUCUUCUGCUGAUAAGAGACUGAGUGAUAUAAUAACCUUAUGUGUUGUCUGGUGACUAGUUUCUCAAUAAUAAGAAGCAUUAGGUUCAGGGUUCUUACUGUUACUCUGAUACCAUGUGCUGAAGCAUUCCUUGGGAGGAUGAACUUUGUUUAUUUUGAACGUGAACAUAUGGCAGAGCUGCUUUUUUUUUGAAGCUAUAAAAAAACUUUCAUCUGUUUCGCUUCUGAUGAUGGAAUGAGCAAGAGGUUGGUGGCCGCAUCUUGGAGGGGUAAUGGCCUGCUGCAAGGUCAGAUGGUAUCUUUACUUGCUCACUGGAUGUUGUUUUUGUCAACAAAUUAUUUUUUCAUUAAUUUUAUCAAGAGGCUACACCAGAAAAUUUGUGUUAAAAUCUGAUUUAUCAGCAGACUACAGCCAGACUGACUACUUUACUUUGUUGUAUUUAGAUGGUAUUUUUUAUUGGGUUUUAGGUGUUGUCUCCAGAGAGGUCUUUAGAAAGAGGAACAUUCACAUCAUUGGUCAAGGGAUUAGGGGAAGGAAUGAGCAUUUGCCUGGUGUGAUUUUGAGGAAAAAAUGGAGAGCUGAAAUCUGGGUGAACAGACUGAGACUUGAACCCAGAACAUCAGGAAUGAGAGUCCAGUUUCUUAACAUUGUGCCACCUCACUCUUGGCCUAAAUAUAUGUUUCCAGCACAGUGGUCAUUAGCUGUAACUUUCAAAAUUCCUAAGCAAGCAGGAGGAUUUAAGUCAUUAGUAUCUUUUGAAGAUAGGUCGUAAUAUUAAAAUACAAUGUAAAAGAAAUUGAUUUGAGGUAAUCUAAAGUAUUAUUUUUUGGUUAGAAUGUAUCAUGGCUUCAGGUAAUUUGCAGUAGACAUUUCACAUGACAUUUAUGUGUAUACGUUAUAUGUAGCUGUUUGUCAUAACUUAAUGAAUGAUUAUCGUGCAUACCACAAUUAAUUAAAACAAAAUUAAAAAAACCUAAACUUUUAAGGAUAUGGUAGUCAGUGAAGGCAUUAAAAUUCUUAAAUUAUAAUAAUGAUAGUUUUACCAGUGUGCAAUACCUUGUUGAGCAUAUCCUCGUUCUAACAGUAUUGUUAAAUAUAUAUCUGGACAUAAUAAACAUGUAAAGUGAAAAGCAGAAAUAUUUAAAAUGUUAUAUUCUAGAUGCCAUCACUGGAUGCCUUGGUAAUCCGUAUUCAGAUAAAGCACGUUAUAUGUUUCCAGUUGUCUUAUAAAUAUAAAGGCAAAUAAAUUCAGUCUUUUUAAAUUUUUGAUACAUUCGUGUACAUUUUUUACAACUAUAUUAUACAUAUAUAUCAAGAGACAUUAACAAGAAUACUUUAGCUUUGAAAUAGGGCAGAAUGUCUUGUGAUUUUGUGUCUGCCAUUGUAGUUAGGUGGUGUAAGCCCUUUGCGCACAUUGAUUUUUUUUGAAAUUUUAUCUUAAUAUCUUGUCAAUAGCGAGACCAUUAGAGACGGAUAAAACUCAACUGUACAGACCAGAGGUUCAGAGGAAAUAAUCAACCGUGGCUUGCAGUAAGGAACCAUCCUAGCCUUUGCUGGCCUGGGUAUUUGGACCCAAUCCUGUGAGAUGCAAGUCCAAUACAACACUAUCAUGUUGCUUUGUAGGAACAACAAAAAUGCUGUCUUGUUGCUGCUACAUUUGAGUCAUUUCGAAAAUUCAGUAGUAGGCAAAUGAAAGUCUGUUAUCAGCGUGUACUUAAAAAUGAUAUGUGGAUGAUUUUGAGUGCUAGAGAAAAUUUUCUCUCAUUUUGUCAUUUGUUUCUUGUUUUGUGACCAUGGAAAUAAUUAUCCUAGUUCAUCACAAAUAGUUGGUUUAUCAAUAGUUAAUCAGAGCUUAUUUUGUUUCGUUAUAGCAUGUAAAUGUAUGUAUGUACAUAGCUGCCAACCAUUACGGAUUGUCCUUAAUUCUAAUUAUUAUGGUGUAGGGACAUAUAUUACUGAAUUACGGGUCGGUAAGAAAGUAUUACAGAUUUUUUAAAACAAAAACCACAAAAAGCCAUUUACGUGAUAUUUGUUUACUAUAGAACAAUAUCGCUGACACUGUGAGUAUGAUAGUUAUCGCUGUCAAUAUUUUGCAAUAGUAGCGCUGUUGCUGCGAUUUUUUCAAGCAGUCUUGGCGUCCUUUUCGUGUUAACUGUAAUCAUGGCCGUUAUGUUUGGAUUGCUUGGGCGACGCGUCACUUAUUUUACCGUUUAAGAGUGGCAUUGAAAAUAUGAUGAAGCGUGCUGCUGUGCGGAGAGAAAAUACUAGCAAAAGAUCACCUGUAUUACAAAAAUACCAGGACAUUUAUGCAAGUGAAUGGCCGUGUUUUUCACGUUCAUCUGUGUCUGAGAAUCACGUAUUCUACAACGUCUGUAAUAGUGAUUUUUCAGUUGCCCACGGAGGUAGAGACGACUGCCGAAGACAUUUUGAAUGCAAGAAACACCGAGAUUAGGUAUGCGAAAGUGAAAUCAGACAAUAAAUCAAUUUUGUCUUUUUUUGUAAACAGUGACGAUACGGAUGUUACGAAUGCAGAGUUGUUGUUCACUUAAUUUCUAGUUCAGCAUAAUAUCCCAGUAUCGGUCUGCGACCACGCAGGUAAUUUAUUUAGGGCUAUAUUUAUGAUUCAAAGAUUGCGCAUAAAUAUGUUUGUGCUAGAACCAAGACGAAUGCAUUGGUUCAGCACAUGGCAAGUGAAUCAAAAAGAGAAAUAGUUUCUAUUUUACAGCAGGUGCCAUUCUCGUUGGCAAUUGAUGUAAGUACUGAUUCCAAUUCUGUGAAGCUGUACCCUUUGAUUGUUUCGUUUUUCAAUCCAGCUCGAGGUCAGGUAUCUGUUGUACUUUUGUCGGUUUUGGAAACUAGUGACAACACUGGGUUUGGAAUCUUUUCAGUUAUCAAUAAAGAGCUCUCUUCUCUCAGAAUUCCAUGGGAAAACUGCAUUGCAUUUGCUUCAGAUAAUGCAAACACAAUGACAGGUGAAACAAAAGGAGUACCUAAUAUCCUUUGUAAAAGAACACCACCCUGCAGUUGUAAUGCAGUGCUGUUCAUGCCAUUUAGUACAUUUGGCAGCUCAGAAGGCAUUAUAAAGGUAAAGUUACUCUUUAUAGCAAGGAGUAAUGAAUGAUUAAAAUUCAAGGAAUGUGUUUGUUUUUCUCUAAGCUUUUAUACGAAAUGUCAUGUAAGAGUUUUAACGUGUGGUUUAGUUUUUUGUUUAUAUCUCUGCAUGUUGGUUGUUUUAAAAAAAAAGAAA